AUGAAUGAUCGUUUGCCAUCAUUUAAAUUAGCAACAAUUGACGCAGACAAGCCAUAUGCAGAUGGUGAUCGAUCUCAAGCAACAGUCGUCGAUAGUUUGCAACUUGUUAACAGAUGUGAAUUUGGAUUAUAUGCAGCAGCAUGUGGUUGUCGAGUAUUCAUCUUUGAAGUACAACCAGAAUAUGCCGAUCUUAUUCGAACAUCAAUCGCACUUAACAACUUCUCAACUUCACGAGUUCAUGUUCUAGAAAAAGCUGUUAGUAAUCUACCUUCGAAUUCUAAGCUAACAUUUUCCCAGAAAGGUGGUCAAACAAAAGCUUCUGAAGGAAACUUAACUGUAUCAACAAUUCGUUUGGAUGAUAUUAAAUGGCCAUCGAACUCAACAAUUCUCCUGCUAAAAGUUGAUGUUGAAGGUUUUGAACUAAAUGUACUCCGUUCAGCAGAGAAGUUAUUUAGUGAGAAUCGAAUUCAUCAUUUAAUCUUUGAAUACACAGCAUGGUGGACUGAUCGAGGAGCACAAAAAGAUCUUAUUCCAUAUGUCGAAAAUACACUUAAAUCGAAACAACUAUUUGCAUUAGAUCGAACAGCUAGUACUGUUUAUGGUCCACUGAAACGACAAGCAAUCAAUCACUUUCAUAGCUUUCAUAUGUCAAAACGACUUCAAACAGAUAUCUAUGCAAGAUUUGUUGAACCGAGUGAUAAAGAUACUUUAGAAAUUGAGCCAUAUUAUCUAGGAAUAUCAUAUGCAUAA